AUGUCAUUCGGCGAGGAAGACAGGUUUCGGUUGGCUAAAUUCAUCAAGCAAUUCGCAUCGAAUCUGGGGAUUAGCCUCGAUGCGUACAAUUCGCUGGAUGGCCGGAGCCUGGUUCACUAUCAGUGUGUGGUGAGGCGUGACGAGUGGGAGCGGGUCCGAGAACACAUCGUCGAAGCUUUCCUGGUGCAGAAGUGCGCCUAUCGCCGAGCCAACGGCGGAGCGAAUGCCCCGUGCCUCACAGAAGAUGUCGAGCCUCGGUUUGCUCCAGAUGAGAGGCGGGUGGAGCUGGCGAAUCAGGUCAGAUGCAGUCAGCAACACGGUGGUGCGUCGCACCUUCGUCGAUGUAACAGACGACGACAGCACCGAGGAUGA